UCCACACCAGAAGCCGAGACAACAUUAAUAUUAAUCCUGAAUUCCCAAUUAUGGAAUUAGUUCCCAAGCGUGGGAUUCUUCCGCUUCCCUGGGAUUACAUAUUGCAAGUGUUGGAUUGCAGGCAUGUUAAAUAAGGUAACUUCUGCUUCUGAACUAUUGCUUUGGGGAUUGUCGUCGAGUUUGUCGUGAUGUUUAUUGUCCAGCACCAGAUAUACAUGGACAAAAUCAACAAUCUGCUAGUUCUCUUCAUCAGAGCCUCGAAGGUAUCUCGAUUGCCAUGUCUACCGUAAUGUCCGUCACCAUGUGAUUGGGGGCAAAGGCCUCUCUCCCAGCAAGGCGCCAUGACCAUGUGGAUGACCGCAAUUGAAAAAAUGGCAGGAAUAGAUUUUCUCUAUAGCAAUAAUUGCUGGCUAGAGCCAUAGCUACAAUGGAACGAUUACAAAACCUGCUUGCCUUUGAUAAUGCACUUCUUCCGCUUGAAUCAUAUGAUAAUGGUUGUGAUGACGAUGGAGAUGCUGAUAAGAGAGAUCAGAAUAUUGUAAGAGCAAGAUUGGGGGAGAGUGACCACAAGUCUCACGGUGAAGGGCAUGGCAAAUUGGCAAUGAAGAUGAAGGCGAUAAAGGAAGUUGGGAUAGAAAAAAUCAAAUGGUUGAAGUGUUUUUGUGAUCGGCGGUAUUACUACAAUUUGGUAGAGGAAAAGUUUGCAAAUGCUAGAAGAAAUAAAUUUAGUAUAUGGUACAAAGAUGGUGCUAUUUAAGAAACUUUAUUUUCUCAUGCUUAUAGAAACGCCACAGGCAAUGAAAUUGUAAUGAUAAUUCUGAUCAUAAAUUGAAUAUAUAUAAUGUAUCCAU